AUGGGUUGGGAAGAGUUAAGGGUGGGGGAUUCAGCUGUUAUAUGUGCAGCUCAUUUUAGCAUUGGGCAGAGGUAUUUUGCCCUGACAGGGCUGACAUUUAAGGAACUAAUAAGUGAAAGUGCAUUUCUUAUUAUCUUCUUGUUGUUGCAUUUUUUUCCCAUCAGAUCAAAGAUCUGUAAAGUGGAACUGUUCCAUGAAUUCCAAAAGCUGGUGACAAGCAUUUCAAAGGAAAACUUACCAGACACUCUCCGGAUGAAGACUCUGGAAACCUACUUCGACUACAAGGAAGCUGCAUUAAAUUAUCAAGAAGCCUGGAAGGCACUACGUAGCCAGGCACUGCUGGGCUGGAUCAAGAAUGCCCAGGAAUACCUGCUCUUCACAUGAGAACAAAAGCAGCUGUGUAAAUCCAGCAAUAAGGCGUGGAACACAGCAGACACCUCUGCUGAUUGAGGGAUGCAAAAAAUGUCCUCUAGUUCUUAUGCCAUCAGAAGACAGAAGUGAAAAGGAAAGCAAUUUAGAGAACUUAUUAUUUUGAUUGAUCUGAAGCCUCCUUUUUAUUUAAAUAUAGGAAAGGAUUGUUGCAUACUUAAUUCUGAGCUGCAUGAAACAAUUCAAAACAAAGGAAGCAAUGAUGUGCUAUCUGUUUCUUGAUAUAAUCUAUCAGAGUCCACUGUAAUGGAAGUAACAUUAACUAAAAUUGAAGCAGUGCUAUGGAACAGGCUGCUGCUGUGAAACUUCA